AUGAAAGAUCUUUCUCAAAAGUACAACACAUCCGUCAGUCAGCUAACCAAGAAAGCAGAUAUAGCUGAAAAGGAGAAGAAUGAUGCGGUCAUCAAAUAUGCAACGCGGGAGGCAGAAAUGAUGCGAAUGCGGGCGGAAGUGCAGAAAAAAGAACAGGAGCUGCAAGAAUGCAGGAAAGUUAAGGAGGAGUUGGAACAGUGUCAAAGUCAGGAAAAUGUAGAGCAACUGGAAAAGUCUAAUAACACUUUACGGGUUGAGGUUGAACAUAUCAAGCAUGAAAAGUUUGACUUGGAGAAUAGACUGAAGAUCGCUGAGAAACGGGCUGAGCCUGUUUGCUUAGUUCGUGUAGUGAUUGAAGCACUUCGUGCACCUUUCAUAGGGUAUUUAUUCGUGGGGAAGCAUGAGAUUCUCCAAACUUCAGCCCUGUGUUCAAUGAAGGAAAUAGCCUAUGUAUAA